AUGCUCCAAGCCCUCACGAUGAGCACGCAUCAGGAGACGCGUACCUCGCUAAGCGCGCUCCCUGCCGACGUCGUGCUCGUCCUUGCCGCCCACCUCUCCGCGGAGGACCUGGUGUCGGCGAACCAAGUCUGCUCCACCUGGAGGGCGGCGCUCGCGAGCUCAUCGGCGCCGUGGCGACAAGCGCGCGCCCGUGCACGCAUCGACGCGUGGGACCGCGGCCUCGGCGCGCGCGAACAAGUGACGGGCAAGUCGGCAUCUUUGACGUCGUUCGGGGCAGGUCGUCUCCAACUCGAGCUCGUUCCAGUGUACACGAUCCCCAAGCGGACGCUGGGGCGCAACGCAGUGGUCCCCCUCGGCACGGAAGAGGGCACACGAGGGGCGGUGGUCUCGGAGGUCGCGCCUCGUCGGGGGAUGCAGAUGAGGACGGCGCCGGACUGGGAGCCGCACGAGAUCAAGGAGGAGCCCGACGACUGGCCGGAGUGCGACGGUCUCAUCCCCUUACUCACGCCGCACGUGCUGGCAUACACCCAGAACAGCGAGACGACAAUCUUUCGCCGACACCAGGACACGGAGGUGUGUAUCAAGUACAUCGCCUCGGCCGCCGUGCUCGCGUAUCGAGUGUGUCCGGGCCAGGGGGCCGAGUAUCUCGACCUCCCAGGGCUGGUUGCCGGCGAGGCAUUCAACAAGGUGCAGGAAUGGUCGGAUGACCCUGCGCGGGGCGUGUGCUUCAACGGCACCGACCUUGUCGUCAUCGAUGGGGACCACAAGCUGAGCAUCCUGCGCGACUAUCCCUCGGUAUUUCAGUGGGUUGCGCGUGGUCUGGAACGGUUCGAGAGCGGGUCGCACUACUUUGUGCUGCAAGAGAUGCAACGUGACUUCGUUCUCCGAGCCAACACCAUUGCCCUGCGCUUCGAUAUGCGCAUCAUCGCGGUUAAAGCCCACGGGCCGCGCUUCGCCGUCUUGGUGGACGGCGGCGUGUUUGUUCUCGACUCGCGCAAGCUCCCAGCACUGCCGUUUGGGAAAGCUGGCCCCCGGAAACCCUCCCCGAGUUUGCGGAUUCUGGCGCUCCCUGGCCCCUCGAUACCCGCCCCCGACGACGACGACGAUGACGACGACAGUGUUAUCAAGCUCGGCCUCGACGAGCGAGCAGUGUACGUCUAUGACACCAAGUCAUGCACCAUGACGGUGCAUGCGUUUGGCGACUAG